UAUAAUAUAUUUAAAUAGAUAAAUUAUUUAUUCAUAAUGGAAAAGAGAAGUAUCAGUGGAAAAGAUAUCUUAAGAAUGGAUGGUCUUUUACCACCAACUCGACGCUUACCUGUCUGUAAUGCUGUGACUUCUACAGAUAAAAAAAGAAAAAAGUGGUCAAUUGGUGGAAUUUUGAAAAGAAUAUCAUCAAUUCGAGAUUAUGAUAGUUCUUCCAAUGAUGAAGAAAUUGUAUAUUGUACAAGACAACCAAAACCUCGCACAGUAUUUAAUAGGAAAUUACAUAAUGUUGUGCUUCAACCAAUUGAAAAGAAUUCAAAUCAACAUUUAAAUAUUAAUGAUACUACAAAUUCAAUGGAUAUAACAAACUUACAAAAGGAUUCUUUGAAUUCUCGUAGCAGUGAUGGAUCAUUGGAUGGAUUAAGUAAAAAAGCAAGGAAAAAUAAAUUAAAAGCACGAGUAGAAGCAAAACGAGACCGUAUUUGUGCAGAUAGUAGUUCAGAUGAAGAUUCGCGUAAAUCUUGUAAUUCAUUGACAAGAUAUCAAAAUGAAAUUGCUGCACAUAGUACACAGAAAAAUAUUUCUUGCAAUAGAAAAAGUCGUGCAGCACGUACUGAACGUUAUAUAAAACGUUUAUCCAGAGAUGAAGGUCACAGGUUUCCAGAAAAUUUAAAUAAUAUAACAAAUAAACGCACUAGUCUUGAUUUCAUGAAUGAAGAACAAUCAUCUGUUUCUACAGAUGCAAAUGAACCAUUUCAAUUUUCAGAACAAUCAUCAUGCUAUAUCAAUUAUUCUAACAGUAAUACUUUUCCAAUAAAAAAAUCUGCUGAAAAUCUACGACAAUCUGGAUUGAUUGUACCUAAUUUACAAGCAAAAUCGUCUACUGAUCUCACAAAAUAUCCAAUGAGCCAAUAUAUAACAGAUUUAAACCAAAAUAAUACUUAUGCAAAACCAAAUGUUUUAUACAGAAAUAAAAACAAUUUAAAUCAAGAAGAAAAUAAUGUUUUCAAUUUAUCUAUGGCUAGUAAUACAAUUUAUGUUGAUCCAUAUGAUUAUACGAGAAAUCGUCAGUUUGCGAGUCGAAGUUCUUCUCCACCUGAACCUCCACCAAGAGAUCCACGUUGUCGAAUUUUCACUUAUGGUUGUAAUUCUUUUCCAUUGAAUGAAAACUUUGAUGCAAUGAAAUACGAUGAUACCUUACGUACUAAAAUGAACAAUAUACAUGAAGUUACUAGAGAUCAUGUAAAAAGUUUAAGAUCCUAUGAUUCAAAUAAUGAAAUCAAUUGGUGUGGUUCGACUAAACAUUGUCCACGACGUCCAUUGUCUCUAACUGUAAGCUCAACACCAUCUUGUAAUUUAUCAGAAUGUACAAACAAUAGACACAAUUCAACCGGCAGACACGUAGAUGAACCGAUAUUUAAAGAAACUGAAGCAAUGAAAUGUCAAAGGAGAAAUGAUCGAAAUGAUCAACUUACUUCAAGCUUUAAAAAUUAUGAUAUCAAAAUGCGUGAAAAUAGAUUAUCUACUACUUAUAUUAAAAAUAUGCAUAAUAAUUCCGUUUCACCUAUUAAUAAGUCUUUGGAUAGUUCCUAUACGAAAUCACCAAUCAAACAAAUUGCAAUUGAAAAUUUUUAUAAUUUACCGAAUGAUACAUUUGUUGAAAAUUUGAAAACGGAAGAAAAUCAAUUAAUUAGCGAACAAGAUACUUGAAAAAAAAGAAGUUCUAAAAAUCUUGAAGAAGCGCUUUCUGAACUUGAAGCAAUAUAUAAUAGUCUUCGUCUAGGAGAUGAAGAUCUUCUUGAUAGAGCAGAACGACGUAGCAUGGAAGAAUUUAAUCUCCGUCAAGCAAAAACCAAUACUAUUUCAUAUAUUUCAGAAGAUUCUACAGAUAGAACGAAAGAUGAUAUGGCUUACAGAAGAAUGCAUCCUAAAGAGAGACCUGCAUCAUUGUCGGAAGUGGUUAGUCAAUCUGCACUCUCUAAUAUCAGUUAUCUGAUAGCUUCGCCUAUUUUAUCACGUAAAGAUUUAACCGAUGAUUAUCUAUAUGCCGGAAAUUGUGUAUCACGUCGAGACGAACCAGAUGUGACGCGAGACGAUGUUGUUUAUCGGAGCAUUCAACAUGCUAAUAACACAUUGAAAAUAGUUGAUCCUCAACCUCCAUUUGGGAUUCCUUUAGGACCGGUAACGGCUGCCACAGAAAGCGACUACUUACACACCACACCAACUAAGCCAGACUAUCCUCGUUCAUCAUACAUACCACAGUGCGAGCCUGACAUUGUUACCGAUGAUUUGGCUUAUAGAGCUCUCAGAAAGGAUGCCAACACAUCGAAGAACACUGUUGAAAGUAAAAACAGUAUUAUUAGAGAUCAGGAAAUUACUUUUGGUACCAAAAAGAAACGAGCGGUUAGAUCUUUAUCUGCUAAUUUAUACGGUUUAAUUAAUCAUGAUAGAAUUCAUCUUCGAAGAGAACCUAGUCUUCAAGAAAUCAAAGAUGAAAUGAGUAACACUAUAAUAGAUAUUAAAUCAUUACCCACACGAUCAGAUAGGCGCGUUGUAAGCGAUGGUGAACUUUCUGAUUAUGAUCGAUGGCAUUCUGAUAGUUUAUUGAGAAACUCCAAAACUGACAUAAAUGGCAAUCAUCCAGUUACAAAUGUAAAUAGAAAAAAAUUACGUGUUUAUGUUUCACCAUCGACUAAAGUACAGGAUCUCGAAAAUAAAAAUGAGAAUGAUAUAAGAGCACAAAACUCCAUGAUAUCUAAUGAUAUAUUACCUGAUGCAUUGAACAAUGAAUUUUGGCAGAAUUGCGUGCAGAGCAAAUCUAACGAGUCAUAUAAUCAAGAUACAGAAACUGAUUUCACAGCGUACAGUCGUUUAUGUCAAGAUUUAGUCAAUUUAAUUGAAGGACAAAAUGAUAUGGAAGUAAAAUUAACCGAAGAAACGCAUGUUCGUUCAGAACUUCCUGUAAUGGAUGUUUCAAAUGAUAAUAAUAAGACGGAGGAAUCCUCAAUUUUACAUAUUCAAUCUUUAGAUAAUCAUUAUUCAGAAAAUAAUAUUGAAGAUCAUAAAGAUAAGGAAGACAUAGAAAAACAAACAGAAAUUCUCACUAAAUUUGAAAAUGAAGAUUCUGAGAAGACUGACGAUAAUACAUUUGAUUUUUAUCUUCGUGUCGCAGAUGAAAAUGUUAAACUAAUUGCAGAGGCGUUUAGUAGUGUGGCAGAUCACUUACGUGAUAGUCGUUUAAGCCAAAAGAAUUCGCUGACGUCAUACCAUUCUGAAAUAGAAACCGAUAGUACAGCGCCCAAUACUAGUACUCGUAGCUCCAUUACUUGUAGUCAAGAUGAUACAAAUGACGAUUUGUCUAGUUCGUCAAAGAUCACUGAUAUAGUAAAUGUAAUUCCUAAAGAAGAUAUAACAAUAACUUUAAACGAGGACUGCAACUUGAUAGAAUCAGAAAAAGCAAAAACUGAUUCGCAUACCGAUUCAAAACUCGAUUUGUCCAAAGCCGUUUAUGAUUUACAAUUAGCAGCAGCGAGUUUAUGCAAACAUGAAAAGGAAAUUGAAGAAUUAGAAGCAUUAUUAAAGAAGGAUGCAACCAAUAAUAUUUCUUGCAGUAAUAAUGUUUCAAUUAAAAAAGAUAUUUCGUCAUUAAAUAUUAUUGAAACGAAUUUAAUGACAUUAAACAACAAAAAAGAAAAAGAAAGCGAUCAAGAAAAAACUGUAAUAUCGACUGCUGUUAAACCACAAAUUGAUGAACAUGACCCAAAUUGUGAAGGUGAGAGUACAAAAUGCAAGGAUACUUAUGAAUUGUAUGACAUUCCUCGUUCGACUGAAAUGCGUAUUUCAUAUGUUACUAACCUCAUAACAAUAUUGUUUACUACAUAUUCUAUGGUUUUGCUGGCUUGUUUUCUUGCACUGCUUUUAGCGACCGUAGCAGCAUCAUGAUUGGAUCCUUAACGACAAGUGUCUUAAUGCAUUUCAUAAUUAGAAGGUCUCCCGGCACUUGAUCAUUCAUGAUGUGAACCAUUCUAUACGAGUGCAUAACUAACUGAUAUACUACGUCGUUGAGCGACAUGGCAGGACGAUUGAAUUUUAUGUAAGAUCAAGUUUCUGUGAACUAUUUCCGAAGGAAUGAUUUAUUCUUGUUGUUCUUGUUAAUAUUGUUGGUUUUAAUAAAGUUUAAAUGUUACGCUGUUGAUUUUAUUAUA